AUGUCUGUCCACACCGACUACGCCAACCUCGCCAACCGCCUCAUAGCAGCUUACGCGCACCAGUGCUUGGCGGCGUCCCGAGCCCAGCGCUCGCUCCGUGCUCGCUCCCACCACGACAAGAGCUUCAUGCAGAGCCUCCUCAGACUCUCGUCGGUGUUGCUUCAGUACAAGUCGCCACAGGCCACCGACGCCGUGCUCGACGCAAUUGACCUCGCCUCGGUGUACGCUGGCGUGGAGCGCAGAGAGUCCAGCGCUGGGAGCGACUCCUCCUUGCAGUACGACGACUUCUUGGUCCAGGAGCUCCUCCACUACUUCAAGCAUUCGUUCUUCCGCUGGGUCACCAAGCCCCAGUGCCCCCAGUGCCAGGCUAGUGGCGACAAUAUCGUCGGUGCUGGCGCCAGGCCGUUCUCUGCCAGCCACAACCCCGACCAGGUGUCUGUGGUGGAAAUGUACCACUGCACAACCUGCUCGCUCCCGGUGGAGUUUGCCAGAAUCAAUAACCCGUUGUCGCUCUUGCGCACCAGAGAGGGCAGGUGUGGCGAGUGGGUCAACUGCUUCCUUCUCAUUCUCCACGCGGUGAUCCCCCAGCCCAAUCGCUUGCGAUACGUCUGGAACCACGAGGAUCAUGUGUGGUGUGAGUACUACUCGUACGGACUCCAAAGAUGGGUCCAUCUUGAUCCGUGCGAGGCAUGCUUUGACGAGCCCCAUCUCUACGCAAACAACUGGGGCAAGAAGAUGAGCUUCGUGAUCGGCUUCAAUGACUACUACGCCAUCGAUCUCAGCGACAAAUACAUCCCUGCGUCCGCCCAGAUCGACAAGCUCUCGGUGGUGUCGUCAUUGAAAACCGUCACCAGCAUCGUGGACCACAUCAAUCUGGAGAAGGUGCGCGAGUUCUUCACCUCUGACGAAACCAUGAGGACACUCACCGCAGCCUCGGCCUCAAACAACACCAUCCAGGCCAACGAAGAGCUCUUGCUCCAUCUCUACAACAGCAUCAUUCUUCCCUACAACAGAGAGAGGAAGCUGGUUGUGGGUUCUGCAAAACCGUCCAAGACUUCCACCGCUGCAAUAGGACGACAAACGGGAACCUCGGAGUGGACCAGGGCCCGCGGUGAGGAUGGAAGUUGA